UCUUCCGCAACUGGCUGCAGAAAGUCUGGCUGCAAUGGCAUCCAGAGGACCAAUGGUGCAGGACCUCCUGCUGGAUGCCCUGGAAGACCUUGGUCAAGAAGAGUUUGAGAGGCUGAAAUUCAAGCUGCGUACCACUGCUGCUCCUGGAGGCAAGAAUAUUCCACUUGGACGGCUGGAGAAGUCAAAACGGGAGGAGCUGGUGGAACUCCUGGUAGACUUUUAUGAGGACACGGCCGUUGCCCUGAUUGUGACCAUCUUUGAGGACAUUGGUCUCAAGUACAAUGCCUCAAAACUCAGUGAGGUGUUUGGGAAGCAAGUUCAAGGUUACAAACCGAAGUAUGCAGAGACUGUGGUGGAAAACUACCAGCUAAUAGAGGACAGGAAUAGUUUGCUUGGUGAGAGCAGCCCUUUAAAUGCACGGUACAUUGGGCUGCUUAUUAUCAGGAACCAUCGGCCUCAGCAGCAGAGGGAGCAUGAGUUAUGUGCGACUGGCCGGAGGCACCUGGAGAUCCUGGAAAAAACCACUUCUGAUUAUUCAUCAACUGCCAUUGAAAACCUUUUUGAACCUGAUGAAUCUGGAGUAACCCCAAGAACAGUGGUGCUCCAGGGACCUGCAGGGAUUGGCAAAUCCAUGACCGUGCAAAAGAUCAUGCUGGACUGGGCUGUGGGGGAGCUCUACCAGGGCAUGUUUGACUAUGUAUUCUGCAUUCGCUGCCGAGAACUGGGCCUAACUGAAGAAGCCAAAAGUCUGGCUGACCUUGUUGUAGAACAAUGUCAGGACAUGUUUGCCCCAGUGAAAGAGAUCUUAGCCUUCCCUGAAAAACUACUUUUUAUCAUUGAUGGCUUCGAUGAGCUUUGUUUCUCCUUACAGCCUGAAGAUGAUAAGUUCUGUUCCAAUCCUUGUUCAAAGAUGUCCAUGGAAGAUAUUCUGAGCAACCUGCUGAGGAAGAAACUGUUGCCCAAAUCCUAUCUAUUAAUCACCACAAGGCCUGGUGCUGCAGAGAGACUACAAAGAUAUGUGAAGUUCCCCAGAUUCGCUGAGAUCCUUGGAUUUUCUGAAAAGGGUCGCCGUGACUAUUUUUUCAAAUUCUUUGAAGAUGAGGGGAAAGCCAACACGGCACUGCAAUUUAUUGAAAAUACCACUGCAGUGUCCACCAUCUGCUUUGUACCUAUGGUAUGUUGCAUCAUCUGUUCUGUCAUUAAAGUGGAACUGGAAACUGAGGAUAAGAUUGCAGACACUUUGGAUACCACAACCAAGGUCUUUGUGCACUUUUCUCGUAGUCUCCUUAAGCACGAUUCCAAGAAAAUGAAGAAGUCCCUUCUAGACGAAUUCAGGAAUCUUUGUUCCUUAGCACGAGUAGGCAUUCUAGAACAGAAAAUCCUCUUUGAAGAAGAUGACCUCAAGAAACAUGAUUUGGCUGUGUCUGAUCUUAAAGGCCUGUUUCUUGACAGAAGAACAUUCCACAGGGGGAUUGGCCUCCACAGCCUCUACAGUUUUCUCCACCUCUGCUUUCAGGAGUUUUGUGCUGCCUUGUUUUAUAUUCUGACAGAUGAGAAAAAGGGAGCCCCAGGUGAUAAUGAGAUGGACCUGAAGAACCUCUUAGAUGUAUGUGAAAAGCUAGGCAAUGAACACCUGACCUUAACUGUACGUUUCAUAUUUGGCCUGAGCAGUGAUAAGGUUCGAGCCUUCCUGGAGGAAGCCUUGCAGUGUAAGACAUCUGACCUUGUCAAGCCACUGUUAUUGCAGAGAGCAGAAGAAGUGGCUGCUGAGGAUCCUCCUAGAGCAGGUUAUGACCUGUUGAAUUUUUUCCACUGUCUGUUUGAGAGCCAGGAAGCAGAAUUUGCAAGGCGCGUGAUGCAUCGUUUCCAGACUAUUGACAUUUCUUUCAAGACGCUCUCAGUGUUGGACUGCAGGGUUCUGGCAUUCUGUUUACAGCACAGCACAAUCCAAGAUCACUCCAUUGAUCUAACUUUUUGCAGGCUGAAAUCUCAUCAUAUAAAAGCUUUGGCCCCAGGAAUAAAAAACUGUACAGUUUUAGAACUUGGAAGCAACAGACUUGGAAAUUCAGGCGUGCAUGUUCUCUGCACCAUUCUGAAGGAAUUAGAUUGUAGUGUGAAUACCCUGAAUCUUGAUGAAAACUUCCUCACGCAUGCCUGUGCCCAAGAACUUUUUGCGACUCUUAGCACUAGCAAAACACUCAUCAGUCUAAACCUUAAUGAUAACUCCUUCUCAGAGGCAUCUGUGCCGUUCAUCUUACACCUCCUGAAGACUUGCACAAGCCUGUCUGUUUUAUAUUUGAAUGGAAAUGGAUUUGAUGACCUAGGAAAAAAACGUCUGAAACAGCAAGUGAAAAAAAUUGAGCUGGAGCGUCCUUUUUGGUUGUGGCUGUGAUGCAUUCACUUUAGUCUACUCAGAAGGAGCCUUGACACUCAAAGUUCCUAUACUGGUAGAAUCCAGUGGAGUUGUUCAUCCUUUGCAGAAGGGAGUCGGGUAGCAGCAAAACCUGGACAUUCUGAAAAGCAGGGACCAUAGGUAAAAGGCUACAUGAGAGCUCACUGGGUGACCGACAGUGGGCCAACCAUUCUCAGACUAACUUACUUCAAAGGCUUAAUGUUAUGGGGACAAAAUGGAACAGGGGAGAAUGGUGCUACAAGCUGAUUUGGGUCUCCAAGGGGAGCAGGGGGGAGGGGAGAAAAGCAGGCUAUAAAUAAAUACAUAUUUAUGUAUGUGUAUGUAUCUGACUUCAACUUGUUAGAACUACUUCACCAGAAAGAUUCAAAAUUCUUCAAAAUUCCUUAAUUAAGUUUGUACAGCUAGCAUUAUUCAUUUAAUAGGAUUUCUUAAUCUUUUAUUUCUAUUGCAGGCACAUAGAGCAUUGUUAAAGUGUUACCGCCAGGAAAAUAAAAAAAAAUAUUUUCCUGAGUCAGGUUGCCAGGCUACACUGGCUCCAUGCCCGGACGCGGAGA